AUGUGUUGGGAAUUCGAGUUGCAUUUGAAGAAUGGGGAUUUCACUGUAUCAGAAAGAUUGAAGACUAGUGUACAUGUUAAUUUGGUUUUCUAUCUAAUUGUGGGAUCUAUUGGCCUUUUCGGAAUUAUUCUUCUCAUUAUGAUGCACAGGAGCUGGAGUGGGAGUCUUUUGGGAUUUGCUAUGAAUUGCUCAAAUACAUUCGGACUUGUUACGGGUGCAUUUCUUCUUGGCUUUGGUUUAAGUGAAAUUCCUAAAAGCAUUUGGAGAAAUGCCGAUUGGGCAACUCGUCAGAAAGUUCUCUCCCACAAAAUUGCCCAAAUGGCUGUCAAACUUGACGAUGCUCACCAAGAACUUUCAAAUGCUAUUGUUGUUGCCCAAGCAACCUCCAAGCAGAUGUCUAAGCGGGAUCCUUUGAGACCUUAUAUGAAUGUCAUUGAUGAUAUGCUUACUCAAAUGUUUAGAGAAGACCCAUCCUUCAAACCACAAGGUGGACAAUUAGGGGAAAAUGAUUAUGGGAGAUUAUUAGAUUAG